AUGUCCAGCUCAGAGCAGAUCCCUCUCUCCUCUGCUUUCGCUCCCGAAGUAAAGCUCGAUAACGCCACUGUCAUCGGCAACAGCAACGGAAACUAUUCCGAGUUCCUCGGCAUCCGCUAUGCCGCGCCUGCGGUUCGUUUUUCGCUCCCUCAGCAGCACCCGGCCUACAACGGAACCGUCAACGCAACGGUUUUUGGAAGUCCGUGCUCGCAGCAGAACUAUACCUGGCCGACCCCAGUGAACGAUGACCAAAGGCAUAUACAGAACUUCCUUCAGACCUCUAUUCCAACGUUCACAGGUUCUGAGGACUGCUUGAAUCUUAAUGUCUUUGUCCCUGCGUCGGCAACACCCUCUUCUCGAUUGCCGGUUGUAGUGUGGUUCCCGGGAGGUGGAUUCCAAACAGGGGCUGCUCAAGCGAACAAGGGAGAAAGUGUAGUCUUGCGCUCCGUCGCGAUUGGUAGACCAGUAAUUUGGGUGGGAGUGAACUAUCGCCUCUCAGCUUUCGGAUUUCUCGCGAGCGAGGAAGUUAGGAAUGCGAAGCUUGGGAACCUGGGCCUACAAGAUCAACGACAGGCUCUGAGAUGGGUGAGUCAAUACAUCGCCAACUUUGGCGGGGAUCCUUCCAGUGUGACUCUAUGGGGGGAGAGUGCGGGAGCGAUGUCAAUUGCUCUGCAAAUGAUCGCGUUCAACGCAAACACCGAAAACUUGUUCCGUGGGGCUAUCAUGCAAUCUGGCGCCCCACUUCCCGUUGGCGAUAUAACCCAUGGACAGAAGUACUACAACGACCUGGUCAGAGCGACCGGAUGUCAAAACGCGAAUGAUACUCUCACAUGUUUGCGCAAUGCGGAUUACAAUAUCCUAAAAGCAGCAGUGGACGCGUCGCCCUCAUUCCUCUCAUUCCAGUCUCUAAACCUUGCAUGGGUUCCCAGAGUGGAUGGUGUUGUUCUGACGGACGAACCCAUGCAGCUUGUCGCCGAUGGUAUCAUGGCAAAGAUUCCCUUCAUUUCAGGUAACUGUGACGAUGAGGGAACUCUUUUCUCGCUCUCCAGCACGAACAUAUCGCAGGAGGCAAUCCUACGGGCAUGGAUUCACCAGAACUAUCUACCGAAUGCGACUACGUCAGAUAUCACCAACUUGUUCGGGAAUUAUACCAACGAUCCCCGACAAGGCUCUCCGUUCGAUACAGGCGACCACAACCAGCUUACUCCCGUUUGGAAACAAGCUGCCGCCAUACAGGGUGACAUGGUAUUCCAAGCGCCUCGGAGAUUCUUCAUGCAAUCCGCAUUGAACUACGGAAAUCACAAAAUAUGGGGCUUCUUAAGCAAGCGAUUUAAGGAUGAAGCUGUCCAGUACCUUCGCUUCAUGGGUUCUAUGCACGGAACUGACUUGCGUAAUGCCUACGACCUUGGCGGCAAAGUAGGCGGGGAGUUGCUGGACUACGUCAUCUGCUUCGUCAACACGCUGGAUCCGCAGAACGGCUGCGGACAACUUCGUCGGGAAUGGCCUGCCUACGACUCGAGCGCCAGCAGACCGAUGCUCGAGUUCACGACCGUCUCAGGGCUUCCCGAGCUCUCUGCAACGACCGACGAUUAUCGACAGGGCCCAAUCGACCUCCUGAUCAGUCUGAUGAUUCGGUAUCCGCUCUUGCCUGGUCCACCGAAGGAGAGAAUAAACUGA